AUGGAGGGAUAUUGGUGGUGGGUGACAUGGGUUAUCGGUGGACUGCCUUUAGCAAUUUGGAUUCUAUGGCGGUGGAAUGAGCUCCGAUAUGUACUACCUCUGAAACAUACAGACUCAGCUUUAAAGCAUUCGAAACUCCCUCCUGGUUACAUGGGUUUCCCUUUCAUUGGAGAGAUGCUCUCUUUCAUAUGGUAUUACAAGAUUGUCAGUCGCCCAGAUGAUUUCAUCAAUGCUAAGCGAGCCAAAUUCUCAACAAGGGAGCUUGUUGGACCUAAUUCUCUGUUGGCAGCUACUGGGGAAUACCAUGCCAGGAUCAAAUCCCAUAUCACUUCUGCACUUGUCCAUACUAAUUCUCUGAAGAAAUUCCUUCUCGUUGCUCAACCAGGCAUGAAGGUCUCUCUUGAAUCAUGGGCUCAAAUCGGUACCAUCAGGUCAUUUGAGGUUAUCAAAAAGAUGGUGUUUGAGAACAUUGCUGAAUGUUUUGUUAGCAUUAAACCUGGGCCUCUUUUGGAUGAGCUUCUUGGUUACUAUAUUGAUAUGUUCAAAGGGUUUAAAGCACGCCCACUUAAGAUCCCAGGAACUACAUAUUACCAUGCUCUUCAGUCGAUGAAUUAA